AUGAAUAAUGAAAACGCUAAUCACAAUACACUGUCACCAUCAAAAUUGAAAGCACAAUUGAAAGAAAGUGAAGAUGAACUAGCACAAUAUAAACGUCUAUACACUGAAGCAUUAAAAAGUAUUGAAGACUUGAAAAAUUCAUCAAAUGAUUUAACCGCACAAUUAUCAUCGCUUACAACUGAGAAUAUACGUUAUAAACAGGAUUGUGAUCGGGCUAGAGCUGAUCUAGAAUUGGCUGAAGAAAAUCGUCUACAAGCUGAACAACUUGUCAAGGUGAUCAGUACAAAGUUGGAGCUAGCAGAAAAACGACACUUAUUAUUAUUAGAAUCUGUAAAGAAGACUCAAGAGAAAGAUGAUGGUGACAAAAAUGGUGAACCAUCAUCAACAACAGACUAUGCACUUUUAUACCCGAAUGCUCCAGAAGACCUAUUAACCCUAGUGAAUAAACUUCGAUCAACAAAUCAUUCUUUAACGCUACAGACUACUGAUUUACAAAAUGCACUAGAUGAUUUAAAAAAAGAGCUGGAAACUACUCAUGGCGCUCAGUUGAAAGCAGAGAAGACAAUUGAAAAGUUACGUGCUGAUUUACUUCGUGUACAAGAUGAACAUGAAACAGAUUAUGAAGCGAUGCGUAGUGCUAAUCAAGUUAAAAUGAGACAAUUGGAAGAGACGUUAGAGGGCGUAAAGCAAGAGAAUGCUCGGUUAACUAGAGAGAAACAUCAGUUGGAGCUGGAAAUAUCAGUGUUGAAUACAGAGUUAGCAAAUGCUACUACUUCUAAUGAUGAUGAUAUGGAACGUAAGUUGUUAAAAGAGCUGAAAUUAAUGAAAAAUCUUCUCACCGAAAAAGAAGUCAUCAUUGUUCAGUUAACUUCUAAUUGUGAUGAUUAUAAAGAACAAAUUAGAAAGUUACGUGAUCGGAUCGAUGAAUUAGAUGAAUCAAACGACAAAACAAAUCGUCAGAAACGUCGUCAACAAAGCGAACUGGAGGAGACGCAACAACAAUUGACAAGUGCACUUCGUACACAAAAACGGUUUGAAGAAGAGCUGUCUCGUUUAAGACGUCAACUUAAUGAGUUAGAAAAUCAAUUAGCUGAUCAAGAAGAUGCGCAUAAAGAAACUCGUGAUAAACUGACUGUCGCCUUAGCUGACAUCACUGUGAAUGAGGCGACAAUUCAAGCACAAAUGGAAGAAAUCAAUGCACUUCUUAUAGAAAGAAAGAAACUACAAACACAAAUAGAUGAGCUAAAAUUAGAAAUUAAUACAACUAGUAUAGAUCAGGUUCCUCGUAGUGAAUUAGAACGUUUAGAAACAAGAAUACGUGAAUUAGAUCAACGUUUAGACAGUGAAAUCACCAAUCGUACACGUAUACAAUAUUCACUUGAUCGUGCCAGGGAAUCAAUUGAACAGUUGACCAAUGAACGUGAUAAACUUAUCUCAUCUGAGGCUAGUGUACGUGAACAAAAUCGUAAAUUAUCCCGGCAACUGCGUUUAGCCCAACAAGAGGAAAGUGAAGCAACACGUAAAGCAACAAUGGCACAAAGAAGAGUUGAAGAAGCUCAAUUCGAUGUGCAUAAAGCAUUAGAUGAUGCUGCAUGUUCCCGUGCUGAAAUGAAUGCAUUACAAAGACGUAUACAAGAUUUAGAAGCGUAUAUUAAUAAGGCGAAACACUUAAAAUUAGCUGGCGGUGAUGAUGUUAUCGGUCUACGAAAAUUGAAAGGAUCUCAAGAUUUGAUAUUACGUUCAACUUUAAGAUCCCCCAGUCGUAUCAAUCGUGGUCUGCUGCAUAAAUUUCACUUACUCAAUCGUGCUCUGUCUGAUGAUAAUCUACCUUAUUAUCCAAAUCGUUUAGCCUACCAUAUGCUUAAAACUAAUACUGCCACAACUACGACUGCUUCUACUAUCACUGCCCGCUCACCAUCAAUUCUCAAUGAAUCAUCAUUACCAAUUAAUCCAAUGAACAUCAGUAAAAGUAAGAAUAAUAAUAAUAAAAAUAAUAACAAUAAUAAAAAACGGAAUUCAAUUAAAAGUAAAAAAUACAAUUCACUUCCUACUGGUAAAAGUGUUUCUCAUUCAAAUAGUCUUCAAUCUCUUAAAAAUGAUUCAUUAGAGACUUUGAAACCACAGACGUCUGAAGAAAAACUUAUUCAAUCCUCAAAUUUUACAUCAACUAAUAGUUUUGAAACAGUGAAUACUUGUAGUAAUGAUACAGAGGUGAAUGUUAGUGCUACCAAUAGUACAACUGCAACUACAAAUGCUGCGACUACUACUAGUAAUACUGUUGCUACUCCAAAUAAUGAGUACAUUUCAGAUGGUGGUAAAUCGAAUGAAACAUUGACAUUUUCUUCGAAUGUUUGUGUGCUUACUACGCCGAGAUUUAAACAGACUGUCACUAUUAAACACCUUCAUCAUAACUGUAUGCCAAAAUCAAAUGUAGACGUGUUAUAUCUUACAGAUAAUACGAAGAGAAAUAACAAUGAUACUGCUACUAGUAAUAAUAAUAUUACUUGUCGGCGUGCAAGUAAUGAUAGUAGUGAUAUUGACAACAACAACAACUAA